GAAGUCGAGGUUGAUUCGAUGUUGUAAAAUAAAUAUAUAUAAUCUCGUAUAAAUCGCGCUAGCAUUUAUUUCAUCUUCAUAAUAUAACACUUAUUAAAUACUUUCUAUCCAUUGAAAUUUACAGGUCAAUGUUCUUCUAAGCAUAUCGAAGUCAUCAAGUAAAUUAUUUAAAUUAAUUAUAGGUCAUGCUGGAGAGAAACAGUGUCAGAUAAGACGCAAAUAAAGUACUAAGCGAUUUAUUUAUUUAUCCUGUCGUUUAUUUAUUGUUAUUAUUACUGUCACUAUUAUUACAAUUAUUAUCAUCCUGAAAAAUAUAUAAAAUGGCACUAUCUGUAAGAUCGAAAUUAUUUAGAAUAUUGAAAAGAAAUCAAUUGGCAAGUGAAAGAUGUUACUCGUCGUCUUUGAUGUCGUUAAAAAAAACAUUCAAUUUUGUAGACCCUUUCAAUAUUGAAGCGAUGUAUACUAACGAAGAAAUAAUGAUAAGAGAUCAAGUUCGUUCUUAUUGUCAGGAAAAAUUACAACCUCGUAUAUUAGAUGGAUGGAGAAAUGAAUACUUUGAUAAAGCAAUAAUGAAAGAAUUUGGUGAAAUUGGUGUACUUUGCUGUACUUUAAAAGGGUAUGGUGCUGCCGGUGUUUCUUCAGUAGCUUCUGGUCUUAUUACCAAAGAAAUUGAAGCUGUGGACGGAGGAUACAGGACAUCAUAUGCUGUCCAAAAUCUUGUUGCUGUUAGUAUAGAUUCUUGGGGUACGCAAGAACAGAAAGAAAAAUAUUUACCGAAACUAAUUUCUGGAGAAAUAUUUGGAAGCUUCGGACUGUCUGAGCCAAACCACGGCAGCAAUCCAAGAGCAAUAGAAACACGAGCUAUUUAUAAUUCAGAGAAUAAAACUUAUAAAUUAAGAGGCAACAAAACAUGGACCACUCAUUCUCCGUUUGCAGAUCUUUUCUUAAUUUGGGCACGUUGCGAUGACGGGGAAAUACGCGGAUUUUUAGUCGAUCGUAAGGGCAAUGAAGACCGUAUAAGUACACCUGAAAUAAAGGGUAAAAUGUCAAUGAGAGCUUCCACAACUGGAAUGAUAUUAAUGGACGAUGUUGUAAUUCCCGAGACAUGUCUUAUUCCCGGUAUUACAGGCCUCAAAGGACCGUUUAAUUGUGUAAAUCAUGCGCGUUAUGGUGUUGCAUGGGGAACACUCGGUGCAGCUGAAUCGUGUUUGAAAAUAGCGGUUCAAUAUGUAUUAGACAGAAAACAAUUUUCAAGACCUUUGGCUGCUAAUCAGCUAAUACAGAAAAAACUCGCUGAAAUGAUGAUUGAUAUUUCUGUCGGUUUAGAAGCUUGCUUACGUGUUGGCAGACUCAAAGAUGAAAAUAAAGCGUCGCCGGAAAUGAUUUCGAUAAUAAAAAAAAAUUCAGCAACUAAAGCUGCUAAUAUUGCAAGAACAACGAGAGAAAUGUUGGGAGCAAAUGGGGUUUCAGAUGAGUUUAAAGUUAUGAGACACAUGGUUAAUCUUGAAGCUUCACUUACUUAUGAAGGUACUGAUGAUAUUCAUAGUUUGAUUCUUGGACGUGCUAUCACUGGAAUUAACGCAUUUAAAGGAUAAAUUUUCAUUACUUUUUAAUUUAAUAUAAUACAUAUAUUUUUGAUACAAAAAUGAUACUUAUUUUGCUAUAAAUUUGUUUUAACAAAUAAAAAUUAAUAGCAAUAAAUUAAGUUAAUAAUUGUAAGCAAUGGAUUAUUGCUGGAGUGUAAAAAAUAAAUGAAGAAUUAU